AUGGGCCGUGAAGACCCCAGUUUCGGGGCCAUGCUCAAGCGAGGGAACCUCGACUUCAAUGACCCUGCCGCAAUGAUGCAACUUACAAAGACGUUGCUCAAAAGAGACUUCGGGUUAGAGGUUGAGUUGCCCGAGGAUCGACUUCGUCCUCCGGUACCAAAUCGUCACAACUACAUCCUAUGGCUGAAAGGUCUGCUCGAUAGUACCACCUACGACGAUUCAGACAGGAAGGUUGUUGGUCUCGACAUCGGAACCGGGGCGAGCUGUAUUUACCCGCUCUUGGGAUGUACCCAACGACUGUGGUCGUUCUUUGCUACAGACAUUGAUCCCAAAAGCAUAAAUUGCGCGAAGAAAAACGUGGAGCUGAACAACCUGCAAAAUCGAAUCUCAGUCGUCGCUCGCACGCCGCAAGACCGUCUGGUUCCGUUAGACGAGCUCGGUGUCGACUCGUUAGUUUUCGUCAUGACGAACCCCCCGUUCUACACAUCCGAAAAAGACAUGGUCGACUCCGCAAAGCAAAAGUCGCGACCCCCAUCGACGGCGUGCACCGGAGCGCCGGUAGAGAUGGUAACCGCCGGCGGCGAGGUCAGCUUCGUCGGCAGGAUGCUCGAAGAGUCCCUCGUCCUACGCGAACGCGUGCAGUGGUACACGUCCAUGUUCGGGAAGCAGUCCAGCCUCGAGGAGUUUGUCGGUGUCCUCCGGGAGAAGGCCAUCGACAAUUACGCCAUCACGGAGUUCGUGCAAGGCAACAAGACCCGAAGAUGGGCCAUCGCUUGGAGUUUUGGGCCGAUGAGGCCCUCAGAGGAAGUUGCACGGGGCAUGAAGGCUGCCGUGUGGAAAAAGAUACUCCCCGUGGCUGUCGAGUCGGAGGUCGUCAACUUGCCUCUAGAUACCGGGGCCGGGAAGCUCGGAGACAAGGUUCACGAGCUGAUGUCUUCGUUGGAGCUCAUCUCUUGCCAGUGGAAUCGCGAGAAACUUGUUGGUGUCGGCAGGGCACGGGGGAACGUGUGGAGUCGCGCUUGGAGAAGGAAAAAAGCGCGAGAGGAGCGUGAGGGCAAGCCUGUAGACGUUAUGAUGGACUCGGAGGUGUGCGCAUUUGGGUUCGAAAUCGCACUGCGGGUCGGUAGAGAAAGCAUAUCCGUCCUCUGCCGAUGGAGGGAAGGCCACGACCAGGCCAUGUUUGAAAGCUUUUGCGGCUUCUUGAAGACGCGUGUGACAACUGCAUAG